UGUGACGAGAGAAUCUGAAAAAGCCCUCCCACCCUCUCCAUCCGCAUCUGGACAGCCCCGACUCUCACGCCUUACUGAGUCCAUCCUAUGCGUUCUGUGAUUAGUAAAGUUGUUUACAUCCGCACACUUUACUUUACUUUUUUUCUCUCGCUUUUACCAGACAGUGUGCAUUUUGCACAUGGAAGCCACUGGCCUCCAAUGGCUUGUUACUACAUUGUCAUCAGCUCCACACACCUCAGCAAUGGACACUUCAGGAACAUCAAGGGAGUUUUCCAGGGUCCCCUCAAUAAGAAUGGCAGCAAGAACUUGGAUUACUCACAGAAGGAGAGGACUAUGGCCGAGGCACUUGAGGACCUGAAGGCUAACUUCUACUGUGAGCUGUGUGACAAGCAGUACUACAAGCAUCAGGAGUUUGACAACCACAUCAACUCUUACGACCAUGCUCACAAACAGAGACUGAAAGAGCUGAAGCAGCGGGAGUUUGCCCGGAACGUGUCCUCCAAAUCCAAGAAGGAUGGCAGAAAGCAAGAGAGAGCACUAAGACGUUUACAUGAGCUGGCCGAACAGCGGCUGGAGGGCCAACGCGUACCUGGUAGUGGACCCAUGUUCCGAUCCACCACUGUGGCCGUGGAGGGAGGCUACAGGGGAGCCCGUGGUGACAGAGCCAGCAGCCGGCCACAGAACAGCACCCAGGAACACACAAUGUGUCCAAACGUCACCUUAGACACACUUGCAGAUAACACCAGCACCAUUCAGGCCCAGCAAACUCCCAGCACUGUGGCCGGAAAGUGUGGCCAAAAAAUAUCUUUCUCCUUCCCUAAAAAGGCCUCUCUGAAGCUGGAGUCUUCGGCGGCGGUGUUCUGCCAGGCCGGGGAGGACGGGUCAAGCAGGCAUGCAUGUAGACAGAGGCUCAGUGUGCAGCUCAACUCCCCACGGCCUCCCACUGGCCUCGACUCCCCCAGCCCCCCUGCCAGCGAGAAGGCUCUGCAUAACAAGGGGAAGAUUCACAUUGCAGGCUCACAGGUUCAGGGGUUAACCAAUGCACCACCGGGGUCAGACGGCUCGAUGCCCCCAGCUGAUUUGUGCACCAUCCUCGUUUAUUCUGAGGAUGUGGCUUUUCCCUGCACAGUCCAAUCUUCCAUGUUUCUCUCCCGUUCAAACACAUUAGAUGACUGUGAACAGGACAUGGUGCAGGGAAGUCUAAAAAGCAACUUGGCUGAACGAAGACAGGAAACUGAGUUGGAACAAGGACAGAGGACAGAGCCUGACAAAAUCCUGUUAGCAGAUAAUGUCUCCCAUAAGGGAGGACACCCAUUGUCGAACUGCGCUAAUCAUUCGAAUGAAGCAAUUUACACUCAACCACAAGACAAAGAUCUACGUGUGUCAGAGGAUGAGAAAUGGACAGUUGCAAGGCCAUGUAAACCUUUCUACUCUAUCCUCAGUAGAAAUGGGAAAACGGUGCUCCAGUGGCCCUCUGAGAUGUUGACAUUCACCAGGACAAGUCCAUCUAUUUCCUUCAGCUGCAACCCACUCCAUUUUGACUUCAGAGCCUCCACUAAAGAUGCUGGCUGCAGAGUGGUGGAAAGAGAUGUCGAGAAAUCAGCUGAAUUAGCUAAGAAGUCCUACAGCGAUGAAGCAACCCUGGAAACACGUGAGCUGUUUAAGAGCUUGCCAAGCCCAGAGUGCAUCCUUGCUCAGGAGGAUUGCGAGAGGCCUAAAAGUCAUGGUUGCGAGGAGCCAAGCAACACACUCAUCAGAAAGGAUGAGCAGUGUUGCAAUUAUUCAGCACAGUUGGCAACCACAAGCUUGACACACACAGCUAUGGCUGUGGACACACGCAGGUGUUGUAGCACAAGCCAGAGGAGGAGAAGGCGGCAGGGGCACAGACGGAUGACUCACCAGGGGGGUGACAGAUAUGAAGGGGCAACAGAAAGAUUUGGUAAUUGCCUGACACUUCCCAAUCAUUUUGAAAGACUUGAUGACCAAAUAAGUGAUAGCAGUGCAAAACAAUUUCAGCCAGACGAGCCCAAGCAAUCACCCUCAAUUGAGGGCAACGAGGGGAGAAUUGAAACUUACAGAGACACAGCAGGUGUUGUGAGGCAGGCAUUGGCAGAGUGUGUGAAUGGCACAGCAGCUAGUCUGGCCCACUCUGAUGAGGCUCUCCAGGGUCCAGGACAGAUCAACGAGGGCAAUAUGCGCAAUCAGCAGUCCAAACACAUAAAUGCCAUAGAACACACAUCUCUCAACUGUGGAUCUCUCCAGACCAACCCGGUCAUCACAAGUGCAGACCAGACGAAUAAAAUAUGUCCUACACUCUUAAAACACCAGCCACUCCCUGAAUCACUGUUACAGGAAGGUGGAAGAUGUCGAAAAAGGACUAUGGAUGACCAAACUGUCGGUAGUACUUGUGUGAACUCUUUGCAUAAACCAAACAAGAGGCGAAGAAGGAGGAGAAGGGCAUGUGGAGCUCAUCAGAGUUCAGUGGCUGACGUGAGCUGUGGAGAGAGAUAUGAGCAGAGUCGAGGAGCAAAUGGCCUUAGCCCAUGCACUGGCUCUGACUCCCCUGGACCUGAGGAUAAAUUGAACCCUGAUGCACUUGAGAAGAGUAUUGACAGUGUAAAUGUCAGAUCCAGCUGCAAAGGCCAGAUCAAUGGGUCAGAUCUCAAGAGGUAUAUUUUUGAUUCCGGAGCUAAGGGCUCAGAUGUUAUUGUUGCACAUAAGUCUGUGAUGAGCCCAGAUCAGCCCAACUUUCACAGUAAGAGUGAUGGCUUUCUACCAAUAGGCAAUGGGAAAAUGUCAGAGACCUUGAAUGCUAGCUACACAAAAUUAGAGCAGGAAUCAUUUAACUCAAAGGACUGUUACAGGUCCACACUGGACAGACUGGAGAAGCAUUGCCUCCAACAUAUCCAAGCCCACAGGAAGGCUAUGGACUAUCAAACGUUCCCUGACAAACUGAAACCAGUUUUAGCCAGCCCGCACAUCCCUGUGUCCUCCCCCAUAGUACUACACCCUGUACAACUUCCUCUACCAUUAUCUACCUCCAUCACCAUCCACCAGACUUUCCUGCAGCACCAUGCUGACUUUCUCCAGCCACAGCCCCUACUCAUGUCGCCUAUCCUCCCCUUCACUCACCUGCCACUGGGGGUAGAGGUUUGCCCACACAGUCACUCUCCCUUUAUUUACCAAGACCCAAUUUCUGUCAUGGCACGACCGAGCCUGCGCCCCAUGACUAUGUCCUUUCACCCCCUGCCUCGCACUAUGUUUCCUCAUAUAUUCCCACAUCACCACACUGUCAUCCCCCUACAACCUCUGUUUUAA